AUGAAACAGUGGUGUCACCCGCCUCUGGAAGGUGGGAGAAGCCCAGGGGCUGUGGGAUGGGGGUUUGCUGUAACCCUCCCUUUGUUGAGCUUCCCUUUGCUUUGGGCACAGGACUUCAAAGAGCAAAUCAUCCACCACGUUGCCACCAUCAUCCUCAUCAGCUUCUCCUGGUUUGCCAACUACGUCCGUGCCGGGACUCUCAUCAUGGCCCUGCACGACUCCUCGGAUUACCUGCUGGAGUCUGCCAAAAUGUUCAACUACGCCGGGUGGAGGAACACCUGCAACAACAUCUUCAUCGUCUUCGCCGCCGUCUUCAUCAUCACCCGCCUGGUCAUCCUCCCCUUCUGGAUCAUGCACUGCACGAUGGUUUAUCCGCUGGAUCUCUACCCUGCUUUCUUUGGUUACUACUUCUUCAACUUCAUGAUGGUGGUGCUGCAGUCGCUGCACAUCUUCUGGGCCUACCUCAUCAUCCGCAUGGCCCAGAAGUUCAUAACUGGAAAGGUGAGAGGGGGCUUGGGGAUGGUGGUUUUUUGA